UACAGAAGUUGAAGAAAACGUAGCACUCAGAAAUAUUGAAUAUAUAAAACGAGAAAGAGAUAACUAUAGCAACAUGAAGUUUCUAGUAGUGAUUAGUGUUUUGGUGAUCCUGACGCAGUGUUCGGCGAAAAACAUUAAGAUCCCCCUUCGUCAUCAGUUAAAUCAUCAUUUGGGUUACGUUAAACCCGAAACCCGCGUGGUUGGUGGCGUGGAUUCCCCCACUGGCUUCGCUCCCUACCAGGUGUCCAUUAUGAACACCUUUGGCGAGCAUGUCUGUGGUGGCAGUAUACUCAAUGAAGAGUGGAUCCUCACCGCAGCCCAUUGCAUGGAGUGGCCCAUUCAGUUUCUGAAGAUCAUCACCGGCACCCUGGACUUCACGCACCCUGGAGCGGAGUAUUUGGUGGACAAAUCGAAGGUCCAUUGCAGUCACGACAAGCCGGCCUAUCACAAUGACAUUGCCCUGAUUCACACGGCCAAGCCCAUUGUUUUUGAUGCACUAACUCAGCCCAUUCGUUUGGCCAGCAAGGGCAGUCUGCCCAAGGCGGGGGACAAGCUAACACUGACCGGAUGGGGCAGCACCAAGACCUGGGGAAGGUACUCCACCCAGCUGCAGAAGAUUGAUCUGAGCUACAUCGAGCAUGAUACCUGCGAGUCCAGCGUGCGAAAUGCCAACUGGCUGGGCGAGGGACACGUGUGCACCUUCACCCACGAGGGUGAGGGAUCGUGUCAUGGCGAUUCCGGCGGUCCCUUGGUGGAUGCCAACCAAACCCUCGUCGGAGUUGUCAACUGGGGCGAAGCCUGUGCCAUUGGCUAUCCGGAUGUAUUCGCUUCGGUGGCCUACUAUCAGGAUUGGAUCGAGGAGAUGAUGACCGAUGCGGGAACCGCCUGCUAAAGGUCCAAAAGUCACCCGAGGGGGUACAAAAUCCAAAAACCGAACAAAAAUAGCAUCGGCCAUAUAAUGGCUCCUGCCUAUUGAACAAAUUAGCUCGUAAAUUUUAUCACUCAGGUAUCAUAGAUAUCAUAAAUUAUUUAUGAACAAAUAAAUGAGCAAUUACGCUUCACUUUCUAAGUAAAAA